AUGCCGGCCACUCCCCUCAGCGCAGCAUCAGGCUUCAUCACUUCAUCACACCCUGAGACACCGCCCUCUCCCCUGGAGAUGACAGCCAUUGUCUGUCAAUACCUGUCUGUAGCCUUUGUUACAGACAGAGAUAAAAAGCCGAGACUGGUGAACGGAAGCAGUCGGUGUGCGGGGAGAGUGGAGCUGUUCUCUGAUGGUCAAUGGCACACAGUGUGCGGAGCUGCCUGGAACAACCACACGGCUGAUAACAUGUGCAAAGAGUUGGGCUGUGGGUUUGCAUUGUCAGUAUCAGGAGAUGCUCAGUUUGGAGAAGGUUCGGGGCCCGUCAUCGGUCAGUCUGGCUGUGGGCACGAGACAGACGCUGGUGUUUUGUGUUCAGAGAGUGUGGAGCUGAGACUGGUGAAUGGAGGCAGUCGGUGUGCGGGGAGAGUGGAGCUGUUCUCUGAUGGUCAAUGGCACACGGUGUGCGGAGCUGCCUGGAACAUCCACACGGCUGAUAACAUGUGCAAAGAGUUGGGCUGUGGGUCUGCAUUGUCAGUAUCAGGAGAUGCUCAGUUUGGAGAAGGUUCGGGGCCCGUCAUCGGUCAGUCUGGCUGUGGGCACGAGACAGACGCUGGUGUUUUGUGUUCAGAGAGUGUGGAGCUGAGACUGGUGAAUGGAGGCAGUCGGUGUGCGGGGAGAGUGGAGCUGUUCUCUGAUGGUCAAUGGCACACGGUGUGUGGAGCUGCCUGGAACAUCCACACGGCUGAUAACAUGUGCAAAGAGUUGGGCUGUGGGUCUGCAUUGUCAGUAUCAGGAGAUGCUCAGUUUGGAGAAGGUUCGGGGCCCGUCAUCGGUCAGUCUGGCUGUGGGCACGAGACAGACGGUGGUGUUUUGUGUUCAGCCGGAGACCACAGAGCGUAG